UAUAAUGAAUGAAUGAAUGAAUGAAUGAAUGAAUGAAUGAAUGAAUACAAUUCAAUUCUUUAUACAAUUCGUUCGAAUCAGGAUCUCUGUGGUAAUUUAAUAAAGUCGUCAUUUUUUGGAGAUCCACAGGGAAACGUGUGAUAUCUGCAUGAAGAUUAAAGGAAAGCCAGAUUGGUCUGUGGAGAUGUUAAUGCUGCUGGUGGUAUUGACUUUGGUCCCCACUUGGAGUGAUGGACUCUUGCUGAAGAAGUGUGAGCUGAGGUCUCAGCUCGAGGCAGCUUUUUCCGAGCUGCUAGGAGAGAAGGCUGCGGACAUUAUUGCUAAAUUGGCCUGCACAGUAGAACAAACUUCUGGGUUCAGCACCAGUCUUGUCAACAUAACUGACCAGUAUGAACCCAGAUCCCUGAACUUAACUCUUGAAGAUUUCUCCUCUGCAAUGGGAGAAUUGCCACUAAUAUCUAAUGACACAAACAUUCUUAGCGAAGUAUUUUCUAUAAAGGUAGACAUGACCGAGGAGCCUUUGAUACCUCAACACACGGCAGGUGAAGACGAGUUUAUUCCUGGACGAGUCGAGGUCCAGCCUGAAAAAAGUGUAGACAAUGUUGAUGGGCAAUUCAGGAAGAAGAGGGAUGCUCCAACUAAUGAUGAAAGGGAUGGGUCUUGGAGGUCAGUGGAUAGCCCUGGAGAAGGAUCGACUGAUCAGUCUGAAGAAACACAAGAGAACAAUGGGUUGGAUGAAACGGUCAUACCUCAAAUAUUGCCUGACCCCAAAGAUACCAACGAAAUGCUAUUUGGUUCCACAGUUGUACCAAAUGACAGAACUAAAGAUACUGAAGAUAUAUAUUAUAAUACCUAUGAAAUGCUGUUAGGUCCCAUAAUUGUACCAUCUGACAGAACUGCAGAGCCUGAAGCAACCAUGAAAAGAUCUACACAUAGCUCUGAAGAUCAGACUACACUAUAUGGAAUCUUCCAGCUGAGCGAUAUAGCAUGUAAUUCAGGACCAAGCUACGGUCUCUGUGGACUGGACUGUAGCGCUCUAACUGAUGAUGACAUCACCGAUGACAUUGCUUGCCUGAUGACUAUGGAUGAGAAAGGGAGGGCGAUGGGGUUCACACAGGAGUGUGCGUCUGUGGAGCCAUCGCACUACUUUGCUGAGUGUGGCUGAAAUGGACUCACACAAUCACACUCACUUUUCAGUAGUAAAAAUGAAUGCUAAUGUAAAAAUAUUUUCUAUCCUGGAUCUGAAUUAAGAUUCUAAUAUUAAUAAAUUCGAUAUUAAUUUAAAGGGUGUUUCGAGUAGUGGGUGAAGUAUUCGUCAGUGUAUAUUAAAACUAAUGUAAGAAUAUAAACAGCGAUUUCUGUCUGUUAGACGUGCAGGAUAUAUAGCACUAAGAUAGAAAGAUUAUAUGCGUUAUUGUAAUGAACACGGAACAGAGCGAACCCAAACGCAGGAUAGCUAAAACAAACAGGGUUUAAUAACAGAAAACACGAAACAUGACGCAGACUAGAGACAGGACAAAACCACAGUAGACACAGUUAAAUAGACAAGGUAAUACAAUUGGAAACAGGUGUGUGGAAGCGGGCAGGAAGAGACAAGGGGCGGGGCAGACACUUGACGAAGAACAUAAACAAAUGCACGUGGCCAGAGUCCGGGAAGAGUCCUAACAGUUAUAUCGACAGUUAUUAAGAUAUUUUAGAUAUGUCUCAGGAUCUAAAUGUUUAUGUGACAAGCACAGUAGCUAAAAUAGCACAGCACUAAAUUUAUAGCAAUUUUGUUGUACAAUUUUGUUUGUAUUAUAUGGAUUCUAUCGGCAGGUAAAAGAACAGCAUUGGGAAUAAAAUAGAGAACAGAUGAUUGUGUUUGAGCUCAAGUUAAAUAAAUCAGUCCAGUGAUUUGAGCUACGAUGCUCCUUACAUCCUUAAUUGCAUAUUUGGUUAAUAAUAUUGGCCUUAUCUUGGCAUAUAUACAGUAUAUAUAAUCAGCACUUAUAAUUAACUACGUAAAUAAAGGUUACCAUGUUUCUCUUUGUUUUCCAAAUCAUAUGUGAGUAUAAAGUAUCAACUGAGAAUGUGUGUAUUCCCUUCCUUUAUAAUUUGUGAUUAUACUCAUUCAUUAAUGGAUAGUACGGCAAAAAGAUAUGAAAUCUUUAAUGCCUUUAAGAUAUUGUUGCAGAUCUCAGUGUCAGUGACACAUCUUUAGAAAUACAGUUUAGUAAGUAAACAAACAAACAAAUAAACAACUAAUUAAUGCUAA